CGUUUAGGGGAAUUAUGGUUAGUAACACUAUUCAUAGAAUAUUUUUAGUUUUACCCUUUGGCAAUGUCAAAACUCUGCAAGUCGGUAAAAGUCAUUGUCAAUUUGACGUAUGACAUUCACAACUGUACAGUACAUCACAAAUCGUUAAAAUUCGGCUAAAAAUGAUUUAGUUGCAAGUGUAAACACGCAAUAUUAUUGCCAAAUGUUUAAUAUAUAGCUAAACAUGACACUGUAGAACAAAUAUAGAACUUAAAUACUCUUUUUACGUAGCCUCACUAUACUUUAAUAAAUUAUUUAAAAAUAGUAAAUAAUAUAAUAGUAUACAUAAGAUAAAUGUAAUAAUUAAUCGGGCAUAAUAAUUUCAGAGCAAAUAGCUGUUGUAUUCUAAAAUGGAAUAAGUCACUAGAUUUUUUUUAUGAAAUGAGUAUAAAGACAAAGAAUUUGUUGUCGUGCCUGUUCUUUCGGCCAUGGCUGAUGGUGCCUUUUGGAAUGUGGAUAGCAGUAUCAGUGAUCUAUUACUGGUGGUUAAUAUCAAGGAUAAGCCUGCUGGAGACACAGAACAAUGUAUUCAAGACUCAGUUGAGAUUGUCACAGACUGUAAUGAAACAGUUGUCUGUGGAAUCCGGUUCCAAUUAUGAAGUGCCUGUUAUUCCAGAUGCCAUUGGCACUUUAUGUGAGACAGUUCACAUUGCGCUAGUGUGUAUGGCCAAGUGUACACGUCUGAUCACUCCCAUGUUGAAAUCUAUACUGUAUCACCGGCAAAACCCCAUACACUUUCAUUUAGUAGUGGAUACAAGCGCACAAAAUACAUUUACUAAGCUCUUUGAUUCUUGGGAUCUUCCGGAUGUUAAAUAUUCAUGUUAUAAUGCAGAAGAACGCCUUGUUCAAGUUGAAUGGAUUCCUAACAGUCACUACUCCGGAGCCUACUCUCUGCUCAAGCUGUUGUUCCCCGACAUCUUACCGGAUACUCUCAGCCAAGCCAUCGUGCUAGACUCCGACCUAACAUUUAUGUGCGAUGUUGCAGAGCUAUGGAGCAUGUUUCGGAAUAUGACUGAUGAUCAGUUCAUAGGGUUAGUGGAAAACGAAAGCGACUGGUACUUGGAUACUGCUAAACAUUGGCCUGCAAUUGGGAGGGGAUACAACACUGGUGUAAUGUUGCUAGACCUAAAAAAAAUCCGUACAAACACAGACUGGACAAGACUCUGGCAGGAUGCAGUAAAUGACAACAUCGAUAGAUUGAAAAAAACUACGCUAGCUGACCAGGAUGUUAUAAAUGGCGUGAUUAAGAAGGAGCCUCGCUUUCUAUAUAAUAUCAGUUGCCAAUAUAAUGUACAGAUGUCUACACAUACUUUGGCAAAGAACUGUUAUGGAGAGAACAUGAACAAUGUCAAGAUAAUUCAUUGGAACUCACCCUUGAAGUACAAAGUUCGAGUCCGUGACGUGGACUUUUUCCGUGAGAUCCACCAAGCUUACGCGAACUUUGAUGGGAACCUGCUGAGACAAAAACUCCAUCGGUGCUCCCUAAUCGAGCCCUCUACAUACAAGAUGAAUCACUCCGAUCUCUGCCUGAGUUUCCGAGCGGCUCAGAGGGUAAAGCUGCGCACGCACCUCUACUACAUGGACUACAGCUAUGUGGCCGUGGACAGUUUCGACGUGACCCUGGUACUGCAGCUGUCCAUGGACCGUCUUCAGUUCCUCGAGAGACUCGUCAAGUAUUGGGAAGGUCCCCUAAGCGUGGCGAUUUACCUCUCGGACUGCGAGCUGACGAAGCUAGAGAGCUUCAUUCGUGACUGGUCUGACACGUUGAGCUCUAGAAAAAACAUCGGCUACCAUCUCGUCUUUAAACAUGAUGAUGUACAUUAUCCAGUGAACUACCUCCGCAACGUCGCCCUUGAGAAUGUGAACACCCCUUACGUGUUCCUCAUGGACGUCGACUUCGUGCCCAUGGUGGGCCUGUACGAACAUCUCCGAAAGGCGAUACAGCUGAUCAGUCCGUACCCGCAGAAAAAGGCGCUGGUAGUAGCAGCGUUCGAGACCCAGCGUUACCGCGCGGUCCCGCCGCGCAGCAAGGCCGCGUUGCUAGCGCGGCUGGGCGCGCGCGGGCCGCCUGACCUCGCGCCCUUCCGCGCGCGUGAGUGGCCGAGAGGACAUCGCGCGACCAACUACACGCGCUGGGCUACUGCUACUGCGCCCUACGAGGUGGAAUGGCAAACGGAUUACGAGCCUUAUUUAGUGGUACACAGGUCUGUGCCGAAGUAUGACACCAGAUUUUCUGGGUUCGGAUGGAAUAAGGUGUCGCACAGCGUGGAGCUGCGCGCGCAGGGCUACCGCGCGGUGGUGCUGCCGGGCGCCUUCGUGCUGCACACGCCGCACGCGCCCUCGCACGACAUCACCGCCUUCCGCGCGGACCCGCACUACCGCAUAUGCCUUGCUUUAUUAAAACAAGAGUUUAUGGAUGAUCUCAAGAGGAAGUACAACGUUACCUUCGACGAUUCUUCGAAAACGGACCCCUUGUAUUUAGGACAAGCCAAGAGUCUGAUUCUUAAUCAAGCUAAAGACAAUGAUGUUAAUUAACUAUGCUAAGUAUGUAUUACAUUUAAAUUGGUACUUCGGGUGAACUCGGCUUUCUUCGUUUGUAGUCGAGACGCGAGCAAAAUACAGCCGUAACGCUACACAAAAAGGUUUAUUUUACUUUGUGUUACGAAGUAAAUAAUGUGAAAAAUAUGACACGCGACGAUGGGAAAUUUAAGAGACCUAAGGGAAAGGUCCUUUCAGGAUUUUUUUGGACUAGAUUUCAGUAACAGCCUAUCUGAAAGGGUAACCGAAACUAGCCGAGCAAAUUCGAAGUCUACGUGUAAUUUAAACAUUUAAAUAACAAGAGAAAAUAUUAUUUAACGCACAUUGAAAUGAUUUGUAAAUUUGUACAAUAAUUGAAACAUAUAAAAUAUUUGUUGUAAUCUGUUGUAAAUUACCGAUUACCGUAUUUUGUAGAACAUAUAGACGAAUAAAAUAAGUUUUAUUAAUUUAAUUAAAGUCAGUCAGUUAAUUUAAGUCGAACGAAUUAUUUUAAUCAGUUUUCAGUACCGGUAAAAAUCAGUAAUUACAGAAUACUGCAUAGGUUUAGGUACUUAAAAAGGUAAACAAUCUUGGUUGUGUCUUGUCUAUAUUCUGUUUAAAAUUUUAACGUCACUCAAAACCAAUUGAAAACCAAUAAUAAAGAUUACCAAAUCUAGUAUAAUACUGAAAUAUAUGCGUACUUUAUUUAUUUAAAAUGAGUUUUUUUUUAUAAAAAGAUGCUCGUAAGUUUACCUUUUUAAGAAUCUAACAAAAUGGAGUAUAAUUAAUAAUGUGAUAGAUAUAAGAUUUACGUUAGCUUACAUUCCUUUUUCUAAAGAAACUUUUGACUUAUCCGAACUAAGGCCGUGAUAAUCUGACCCCACGUACUCAGAAUACGCAACACACGUGUGUUUAUGACUUUUCAAAUAGAACUCAUUAAUAAAUUUAUGAAGCAUUCAGUAUUUAUUAAAUUUCUGUUAACUUUUAUCAGUAUUACUUACUACCGCAUAUUUUUGAAGAUCCAUGACAAUUUGGUUGGCAUACUCAAUACAUGACAAGAAAUUGGUCAAUACUCAAGUUUGUAUACUUGAAACUACAGGCAGGUUAGAAAGUAGCCAAAAACACUUUUCUCACGUUUUUUAUACACUCACUUUCUUUCUUCUUUUGUUUCUUUGUCGUUCCGGUUGGAUUUUUUGACGCACUUACCAGACACAGCAGCGUUUUACAUUUUAAGUUAAAAGUGUCGGACCAAAUUGUAAUCUUUCAAAAAUUGAUCUUAAAUGAUUGAAUAGGAGUGUGAAUGCAUAGUCGAGUGAGUGAUUGAGGUCACGACGUCAAGCGAAGUGUCGCGGAUUCGAUCCCCGCGUAGGUCUAUGAGUGAACCACUAAUGCGUGGAAUGAGUCCUUUGUGCAUUUAAAUGAAAUAUUUGUGAUACAAUUCCGCAGAGCAGAAGUCGUUAAAAAAACCAAUCCUCAAAAAGAUUCAGUCAAUAAUCACUGCUUAUUUUGUGUCCAGUGAUACGUAAUUAAAAAUUAAUUUAAGAGUAUUUUUUAAAAGUAAGUGAAAUUUUCAUAAAACUAAUAAAUUAUUUAUUAUUUUAUCUAUUUUAUAGGCACGUAUAAUUUGAAGAUUACGCGAACGAAACGCAGUCAAGAGAUUAUUUUUAAUGAAUAUUCUAUUUGACUAAAAAUUCUAGUUAGUCCAUGGAUAAAAAAUGUCUUAUGUGUAUACGUCACUAACCAGUACACUUUAUACUGCCAAGUGACGUCACUAGCCUGUACUGAAAAUCAUAAUCUUAUGCUUUUCAUCAAAGAUGUUUUGGAUAUCUGUUCGACGGACUAAUUACUAUUUUUUAAUCAAGUACCUUAUUGUGUUGUGUAUGUUUAAUUGUGAAGUUAUCCUUGAUUUCCUAUAAUAUUUAAACUAGUUUUAAACCAUACGUCUAUCUAAGUAUACAUAAUAUUAUUAAUUAACUCACAAGACCUACCUAAUGGUUGUUUUCUUUCUGUACGAAACUUAGCGAAUUAUAUAUUUUUAUAUGUUAAAUAAUUAAGCAUAAUACAUUAGUUACCCAAUAUCGUAUGUCGCCAAAGAACUAUAUUUGCUUACUUUAAGAACAGUAGAACGGAGUUAAUAGGAUUGGCUUGAUUUUGCAUCGGUAUUAAAACCUUCUUUGAAUAAAUUAUAAGAAGAAAACCUGGCUCUAUUUAUCCCGCCAACCCUAUUCACUACGUAUUACCGUUAUAUUGACACAAAUGUUGUAUUUAACUCUUAAGAAGCAGAAAAUAAAUGUAUUACCAGUUAAAA